AUGAACAUGCUGACACUGGUGGCCUUGCUGGUCUUGGUGCUGUACUUGGGCACAUGGAUAUCAGGAAAAAGUUGGGAGGUGUCAGAAAGGAUCAGAGAAUGUAACUAUCUCCAGAAUCCUGUGACUUCCCAGGACUUUGAAUAUGAGACCAAUGAACCCUCAGAAAAGCCAGUAAAGGUCAUCAGGAGCUGGUUGAAGGAGAACUUGCAUGCGCUCUUGGAGAAGCUGGAGGAAGAGGUUCGGGAGUUGGAGCAGCUGCUACGAGACCUGGAGGAGUGGCUGGAUGCAUUCCUGGGAGAACACCUGGAAGAGCCCUGCUCCACCCUCAAAAGUCACUUGUGA